UUCUUUUCCUUCAUUUCAUGAAUACAUACAUUUUUAGGGUUGUUUAUAACAUUCUUGGGUUUGAUUGGUGCAUUUGGGUUUGAUAUUUUUUUUCCCUUCUCUCUCUGUUCUUCUUCAUUUCAUUAAUACAUACAUUCAUGAAUACAUUGAUAUAUUUGAUGAAUCUUUUUUCUCUUUGUUUCACUUUUUCAGGUUGGUGAUGAUAUACGGAUGAUGAUCCAAGUUAGGUUUUUUUCCAAUCAAUCUGUUUCGUAUGAAUAAAAAUUUCAGCAUCGACAACCACCCUCCCUUCGAACUCGCACUCGCAAGGUUCAAUUUCUGUCUCUCCCCUUCUCUCUUUGUGUUUGUUUUUACCCUAAUGACAGUGAGUCUUUCUGUAACAAAGCAUGGUGCAUUUCCCUUUGCAAUGCAUAUCCUUUUUGGUUUUUUACUUUCUAUCAUGGACAAUGGGAUUUUUGAACCUUGAUAUCUGCUACAAUGGCCACAAGGCAUCAUUUGGCCAUGAAAUCCAUUAGGACAUCCAUCUUCAGCUAACUUAAUUUUGGUUUUGUGUUGUACAGACCUAUAUGUUUAAGUAUGAUAGUGUUCAUGGUCAAUGGAAAAAAAAUGAGCUUAAGGUUCAGGAUUCUAAGACCCUUCUCUUUGGUGACAAACCUGUCGCAGUCUUUGGUAUGAGGAACCUAGAGGAAAUCCCAUGGGGUGAAGCUGAAGCUGAAUAUGUUGUUAAGUCCACUGGAGUUUUUACUGAUAAGGACAAAGUUGCUGCCCAUUUGAAGGGUGGUGCAAAGAAGGUUGUCAUUUCUACUCCAAGUAAGGAUGCUCCCAUGUUUGUUAUGGGUGUCAAUGAGAAGGACUACAAGCCAGAUAUUGAUAUUGUUUCCAAUGCUAUCAACAAACCAUUAACAUUAUCAAUAUCUAGCAUUGGAAAUAUUAUUAUACCCAGUGUGUUAGUGUUCCCCUUCAAUUACUAUGCAUUUGUCUACACCAUUAACAUUUAUUGUAUACAGUUUUUAUUUAUUUAUUUAUUUUAUUAUUAUUAUUAUUUUAUGGUUAAUUGAUGGAAUGCUUUCAAUAUAUUUCAGAGAGGAAUUUAAGGAUGAGGAGAUGGUUGAUGUGAAGUCAUUACACAUCCGAAACUUUCUCUGAAGUUGAGUUUCUUGGUUAGUGCUUUGCUUUGCAUUUAACAAUUGUUAGGAUACUCAUAUCCAACAAUUGUUUCUCUAUCUUCUUUGAUUGAAAUUCAUUGAUUACCUAGGGACCUGUCUUAAAAAGAGAUGUAAUCCUAGAUUUAAUAGUAAACCACUUGAUUAUCUUUU